GGCUGGACCUCAGAGGCAAGCCGCUGCCCUCAGGAUCCGGGGACCGAGGCUCAGAGCUGGGCGGGAACUCGUCGCGCGGCCCGGGAUCUGGUCCCCCACCGCACCUCCCCGAGAGCCCCAGAAGAAACGCACGUGGUCGGCGAGCGCGGAGGUGCUUCCCCGAGUCCCGGGAGGGAGCCCGGCUGAUGAAAGGCAGAUGAAGCUGAGCUGGCUGCUCCAGGAUGAACCGCAGCUCUGAGAAGGGGAAGUAGGAGUCCUGCUGGUGCUGCUAUGGCGUGUGAACCACACAUGGACCCCGGCGGGGCGGCUGGCCCCUUGCCCACCUCCUCCCCUGGCUGGAGCGCCCUGCCUGGCGGAAGCCCUCCUGGCUGGGGGCAAGAGCUCCGCAAUGGCCAGGUCCUCACGGUGCUCCGGAUCGACAAUACCUGUGCGCCCAUCUCAUUUGACCUGGGAGCCGCCGAAGAGCAACUGCAGACCUGGGGUAUUCAGGUCCCAGCUGACCAGUACAGGAGCCUGGCUGAGAGCGCCCUUCUAGAGCCCCAAGUGAGGAGAUACAUCAUCUACAACUCGAGGCCCAUGCGGCUGGCUUUCGCUCUGGUGUUCUACGUGGUGGUGUGGGCCAACAUCUACUCCACCAGCCAGAUGUUCGCCCUGGGGGACCACUGGGUGGGCGUGCUGCUCGUGACCCUGGCUGCCAUGAGCCUCACCCUGACUCUCGUGCUCAUCUUUGAGAGACACCAGAGGAAGGCCAACACCAACACAGACCUCAGGCUGACAGCUGCCAAUGGAGCCCUCCUGAGACACCGGGUGCUGCUGGGGGUGACGGACACGGUGGAAGGUUGCCAGAGUGUGAUUCAGCUCUGGUUUGUCUAUUUCGACCUGGAGACAUGUGUGCAGUUUUUGUCCGAUCACAUUCAAGAGAUGAAGAUGAGCCAAGAGUCCUUGCUGAGAAGCAGAUUGAGCCAGCUGUGUGUUGUCAUGGAGACUGGGGUGAGCCCCACAGCCGAUGAGGGGCCGGAGAACCUGCUAGAGGAAGCUCCGCUCCUGCCCAACCGUCCAGGUUCCGCGGAGAAGCCGCUCAUGCAGACUGAACUUCGCCAGCUUGUUCCUGAGGCCGAGCCGGAGGAGAUGGCCCAGCAGCUUCUGGCAGUGUUUGGCGGCUACUACAUCCGGCUCCUCGUGACCUCUCAGCUUCCCCAGGACCUGGGGACACGGCACACGGACUCUCCAAGGAUUCCAUGCCCCUGCCAGCUCAUAGAAGCCUACAUCCUGGGCACGGGGUGCUGCCCAUUCCUGACCAGGUGACCUCGGAACGGAGGUACUCCUCUUCCCCCAGGACUGAAGGUGAGAGGUCAGGGAGGCCUCGGAGCUCCAGGGUGGCUGAUGGCGAGGCCUCGGUGAGGGGAGCAGCGUCUGGGGUGCCCUGAGGCUGUCAGUCACGUCAGCACUGGGGAUCCGGUGUUCCCUCCAGGACCCUGCACCAAAAUGGCUUGUCGACAGCCCACGCUGACCUCUGGCCUUUGCAGAAGCUGAUGGUCCCACUCUGAGCUACUUUCUGUGCUGCUUAGACCCAUUGGCGUGAGUGGAAGAGGCCCCUUGCCCAUCACUUUCAUUGUCUGGUGAUCCCCGAAAAUGUGAAGAUGACCAGAUGGGGCUGAAAGUGGGCCCAAAGCUUGGUCUCAGGCGAUACUCCGGUCCUCACCCGCUUUGUGUCAGAUGGAGACUCAGGGAGGACUCUGUUCUGAGUGGCAUUGCCUUGAGCCCCUUAAAUUAUAAGAUGCCCCCUUCCAAUAUGAAGCAAAGAAGUAAAUUCCCAGAGUGUUCUCCACUUUUAAGUUGCUCUUGCCCUACAUUUUCUGAAAAGUGACGUCACUUGGGCUUGCUGCUAGCAUGCAGGCCUUCAGGAGACAGAAGGAAGGAAGGAACAGCAUGUAACUACUACUGAGAAGAUUUGGAAGAGACUGAUCCUGUCUAUCAGAGGACUUACUCUGUUCCAAGGCACGCAUGCCUGUGGGUGUGUCUCAUACCGCAGACGGAGAGUGGCGGUCCUGUUCCCUAACACUAACGCUGUCCUGCAGUGAAGCAGAAUCUGCCCCUCGUGGAAUUCCAUGAAGAGCUCAGAGGCUGCCAGGCGCUCUGCUGCUGAAAAAAUAUGAAGACCCACUGUUCCCUGGGCCCAAAUCUAAAGACCCUCGCCUGGCAUUUAAAGGCUCCCCAGUGCCGAAGACCUGGCCAUCAUCUGCAAUUUUGGCUUCAUCGCCCAUAAAAGUCCUUAAUAGGUUGAAACUGUUUCCUGAACUGACAUAGCUAUUCUUUUGCAUCUGUUGGAUUCCCAUGCAUGCUUUUUUAAAAAAAAGAUGUUUUAAAAUUGAGGUAUAGUUGAUGUAAGAUGUACUAGGUAAGUUUCAGGUGUACAAUGUAGUGAUUCCUCAUUUUUAAAGGUUAUGCUCCAUUUAUAGUUAUUAUAAAAUAUUGGCUAUAUUCCCUGUGUUGUAUAUCUUUGUAGCUUAUUUAUUUUAUACAUGGGAGUCUGUACCUUCGUCCCCUCCUCCAUAUUGCCCCUCCUUCUUGCAUGCUUUAAAGCCUAGCUGUCCUUACCCCUCCUUCAGGAAGCCUUCCAACAUCUCUGCCACUUCUAUUUUUUUAUUUUUUAAAAUUACCUCUUUAAUCUAUUAAUCCAGAUCAUCUCACCUAGGUUUUUUUGGCCACACCACAGGACUUGCAUAUCUUAGUUCCCUGACCAGGGCUUGAAACCAGGCCCUUGGCUGUGAAAGCACUGGGUUCUAACCACUGGGCAUCCGGGGAAUUCCUGACUCUGCCUCCCUUAUAUUCUCUCUCUCUUUUUAAGAAAUUACUAUUAUUAUUUUGCAUUUUGGCUGUGUCACAUGGCAUGCUGGAUGGUUCCCUUCCCAGGGACUAAACCCGGGCCUCUGCAGUGUAAGUUCCAGAUUCAACCACUGGGCCACCCAGGAAUUCCCUCCUUUGAGCUCUUGAUGUAGCUGCUGCCUUUACUGCCAUUUUAUGUUAUUGAUUCUGUUUUCCUGUGCACAGACGAUAAACCCCUCAAGGACAAAGACAUACUUUUUGUGUAUGACCUAGACCUGCUAAGGAAAAAAAAAUUCCUGUGGAUUGAGUGCUUGUCAUCUCGAUAGUAGCUUUUGCAAAACACUCUCUGUACUCAGUUUAGUGAUGGGUAGAGUUGGCACAGACUGGGGUUCUGGUCUUGAAUUGCCACUUUUAGCUAUGUAAUUUUUGGCUGGUCCUCAGUUUAUGCAUCUGUAUAAUGGGUAGCUUGGGUUUUUCUUUUUUUUAACUGGCCCUUUCAAAGUCAAAUGUCUGGAAAGUUCCCGCAUUUUCUGUUCCAUUCUUGCCCUUGGCCUUUCUGUCUGUUAUGCCUUUAUCUACAUGUAGAAAGGUUCUAUAGCCCCACACAGAUGAGGUGCCCCAGACUUGAUAAUCAUUUGGAUGGGGUUGCAGGAGACCUGGAUUCUCAUCCUAGAUCUGCUUCUUCUUAGCAGUGUGACCUUGGCUAGGUUAACCUCUCUGAAUGUCAGUUCACCCUAUAAAUGACUCUAGUGAACAUGAAAUGUAAUUAUGUGGCUGACUUACCAUGUAAGAGAUGAAUCUGACUGUUCAUUUUCUCUGGGCCAGAGAAGAGAAAGCAUGAGCAUAGACCAGCUCUCAGAAAUGGCUGUUUUAAGCAUUUCUCUUUGGCCGAUGCUGUGGCCUGCUUUGCUUAAUGAGAUUUAUUCAUAAAAGUGAUCACUGCCUUCUUCCACCUGUCACAGAGGAAGUGUGGGCUGUGAAUGUGAUCAGUAGAAGCCCAUGUUUAUCAUCCAACCACAAAGCCCUGGUAAGUAUAAUAAUAGAGAAUAAAAAUGUGUGUGUUUUGAGAAAACAGCAGUUUCUCCUUAAAGGGCCUUUGAUGAGUUCUCUCCUGCCUUUCCCUCUCUGUAGAGUUUCUGGUGGUCUCACUGGGCAGAUGGACCAUUCAGGUAUGCCCACAAGAUACGUUUCUUUGCAUUCAAGCCUCGGUUUCUUCUUUUAGAAAGUUCUGUGAUCUCUGUCUUGCCUAGACCUUACAGGGUUGCUGUGAAGAUGAGAUUCCAUAAAGGAACGCGUGGGCUGGGUUAAUGAUAAAGGCUCUGGGUUAAUGAUGAGUAUGGUGCUGUUGAAGAUGGUGCUCUGUUGUGAAGUGGGAGUGGAGGGCUUGGAUUCCAGAGCCACAAAUCCAAGGACUGCCACUUUAGGGGAGGUGCCUCCCAUCCUUGGGUCUCAGUCGUCAAGGGUGGAGUGGGGAUAAGUGUGCCUACCUGGCAACUGAUUGUGAAGAUUAAAUGAUAGGAAAAAUACUGUAAAGUGCUUACAACUGUGAGUUGCAAACUUGAGUAAAAUCUCAAUAAAUUGUG